AUGGCGGAACCAGCCGCGCCGGGCACACCCCGGACACCUCAGUCCCGGAGUGCUCGAGCACUGUUGGAGGCCUCGCCAGCAACGGACAAGAAAGCAGCGCCCAGACGAUCACCGCCUAGGUGCCUGGCUGAAGAGCCAGACUCACCUAGCCAAAAGAGGCCCAGAACACCAAAGAAUCCAGAAAGACGAGUGCUCUCAAAGUCACCGCCUGUGCAACAAAGCUCACCGAGCCAACAACGGUCAACAACGCCACCGCAAAAACCAGAUAGACGAAUACGUUCCAAGUCACCGGCCACACAGCAAGCCUCACAGAGCCAGCAACAGCCAACAACGCAACCCCAGAAGCCAGACACAACAGGUGGGUCUCCGUCAAGCGCCGUGCAGCCAGACUCACCCAGCGGUCAGAGGCAGACAACACUACCCAAGAAGCCUGACACAAGAGCACGGUCCAGGUCAAGGGCCAAACAGGCAGACUCACCGCAACCCAGCCGACAGAGGCCUAGAACACCGCAAACAAAGCCAGACACAGGAGGGCGGUCUCGGUCAAGAGCCAGGCAGCCUAACUCACCCAGCAGUCAGAGGCAGACGACACAACCCAAGAAGCCCGACACCAGAGCACGGUCCAGGUCAAGGGCCAAACAGGCAGACUCACCGCAACCCAGCCAACAGAGGCCCAAAACACCGCAAACAAAGCCAGACACAACAGGUGGGUCUCGGUCCCGGUCAAGAGCCAGGCAUGACUCACCCAGCAGUCAGAGGCAGACGACACAACCCAAGAAGCCCGACACAAGAGCACGGUCCAGGUCAAGGGCCAAACAGGCAGACUCACCGAAACCCAGCCAACAGAGGCCCAAAACACCGCAAACAAAGCCAGACACAACAGGUGGCUCUCGGUCCCGGUCAAGAGCCAGGCAGCCAGACUCACCUAGCAGUCAGAGGCAGACAACACCCAAGAAGCCAGAGUCAAGAGGGCGCUCGCGCUCAAGGGCCAAGCAGCCAGACUCGCCUAACCAACGGCCGUCCACGCCAGGCAAAAAGCCAGACAGAUCCAGAAGAGCUCAACCUCCGGACACUGUUUGGCGCUCGAAAGUGCAGCGGUGUUGGCUUUGGGAACCAGCCGAAAAGGAUCAGGUAUUUGCUCAUCCUUCAAGUUUGGGAUCUCUGCAAGCGGCCUGUGGUCCAUUCUGGGCAAAGAUUGCUAAGGUACGACUGCAAAAGUGGUCGCAGUACAGUUCCGAGAUCUACCACGAGGAGGAGGACGAACUCAUGGAAGUCGCCAACCGACGGCUGCUACCGACACCCGAGGGGGUACUGCUGCUCCAACAGAUGUCGAGCCUUAGCUGCGUCCCUUGGUUCAGCAAUGACCUGAAGCAACUGCUGAAGCGCAACAGCGACUUCUCGGCCGCGGAGUACGUGGACGCUCGGCGUUUUUGGCCUUUGGCCUUUUGUUUUGCCCGGAUCUGGAAGUCGCCAACGAAGUUUAUGCAUUGA